GACCGGGAGGGUGUCUCUUUCAGUCUCAACCAUUUUCUCCCUUCACUCAGGACCUCUGUUUCUGCAUAUCUCCUCUCAGUGACCUUAUCACAGCUUUGCUCAGACGCCUUCCUCUGGGAGGAGCUGGAAAAGCCAGCAGGGGGAAUUUGUCAGGAGGAUAAUGCCCAAAAGUCCAGCUUGCAGUCAUUUUACAUAACUGAUAAUAUCUUUUUUCCCUCCAAAAACAAAUACAGAGGAAUACAACUACUUCAGCUCAGGGUCUUCCCUUGGCUGUUUUGGUGAGAGAAGAUGAGGAGGCAUCGGUUGUUACCGCUGUGUGCCCUCCUGGGCGUCCUGUUUGCAGGACUCCUCCCUAACAUCGAGGCUCAGGAAGUCGUCACUGUCGGAAAACGAGACAUCAUCUUCCUAAUUGACAGUACAAUGGGUGCAACGAUCAUCAACUCUGUGCGUGAAUUCGUCAGGCGGUUUGUCGACAUCAUGCCAAUUGGCCCAGACCAAGUUCAAGUGGGUGUGGCCCAGUUCAGCAAUAUCCCUCGACUUGAGAUUGAUCUCAACUCCCAUGGAUCCAAAGAAGAAUUAACUGCUGCUCUGAGCUCUAUCAAACCAAGACCUGGCCCGACAGUCAACAUCGGAGCAGCCCUGGACUUUGUGCGGACUAAUAUGCUGCGGCCUGAUAAGGGAAGUCGUAUUAAUCAGGGGGUACCCCAGCUUGUACUGUUGAUGACCAGCAAAAAGUCCAGUGACAGUGUGGAGGCACCUGCUAUGGCCCUGCAGCAAAUGGGUGUAUUGACUCUAGCUUCAGGCUCCAAAACUGCUGAUGAGAAGGAGCUGCAAAAGAUUGCCUUUGCUGACAGUGUUGCAUUCUAUUUAAGGGACUUUCGCUCAUUGAAUCGCAACCCAAAGGCAAUCAUUAAUGCUCUCUCCACUCUAGCUGGGGUGGUGGUGACUGAGGAACCCACUGAGACAGUGGUGGAGAUAACCACAGUACAGACUCAAAAAGUGGUUCGGGACAUUGUCUUCCUUGUGGAUGGCUCAAACUACAUUGGCAGCAGUAACUUGCCCUAUGUGAGAGACUUCAUUAUCAACGUGGUGAACCAGCUGGAAGUACGUCCUGACAGGGUUCAGAUUGGUCUAAUGCAGUUUGCUGACAGUCCAAAAAUUGAAUUUUACCUGAACAGCUACAGCAACAGGCAAGAUGUUGUAAAUAAAAUCUCUCAACUCAGGCUGACUGGAGGCUCAGUUUUGAAUACAGGAGCUGCAUUAAAUUAUGCCAAAGAAAACAUGUUCAAAGCAUCAUCUGGCUCACGUAGGAGGCAGGGAGCGGAGCAGGUGUUGGUUCUGAUUACAGGUGGUCCGGCCCAGGACCAAGUUAAAAGCGUAGCCGAUCAAUUGGCUCUUGCUGGUGUUUUGACUUUCACCGUCACUUCUGGGCAAGCAGAUGAAGCCCUUAUGAAAACAGUUGCCUUUGUUCCGGAGAUGGCUUACCAUGAAAGAACCUUCUCUAAUUUGCCAGCUAUGGCAGAACAAAUCAUGCCACAGUUGAUAACAGUAGUUGGCGAUACAGAUGUAACAAUAGAGGAAACUGUUGUUGGAGCUGAAAGGGAUGUUGCCUUUCUCAUCGAUGGCACAGAAAAUGUUCGAGCAGAUUUUGGCUACAUUCGGGAUUUUAUCCUUCAAGUCAUUGAACCACUUGACAUUGGGAUUGACAAGGUGCGAGUUUCAGUUGUUCAACACAGCGAGAGGCCAACUCCAACUUUCUACCUUAACACUUUUCAAACCAAAGAUGAAGUGAUAAGAGCUGUCAAUGGAAUGACACUGGCUGGUGGACGUAGCCUAAACACAGGAACUGCUCUAAGAUUCAUGAAGGACACCAUCUUGUCCGAAAAGCACGGUAGCCGGGCUGCGCAAAAUGUCCCUCAGUUUCUAAUCGUUUUGGCUGGAGGCAGGUCCAGGGAUAACGUAAAGGAUUCUGCUGGUGCGCUGAAGACAAAAGGAGUCGUACCAUUUGGUGUUGGUGUCAAGGAUGCAGACCCAAAGCAGAUUGAGGCCAUAUCACACAACCCCUCCUUUUCCUUCAAUGUGAAGGAAUUCAGCCAGCUAAGCAGCAUACCACAAAAGCUCAAUAACUAUGUGAGCCUCCCAAAGGAACAGCUGACCCUAGUUCUACAACAAGCUGAAAUGCAGGGGCCCCGGAAGGAUGUCGUUUUCGUUGUUGAUGGAUCUGAUGGUGUUGGACGGGAAUUUCCUAUCAUCCAGGAAUUUAUCCGCAGGGUUGUAGAGAGUCUCAAUGUGGGCGAGAGUAAGAUCCGUAUUGGUGUUGUCCAGUAUGGUGAUUUUGCUCAAGCUGACAUGUUUUUGAAUACACAUACAACUAAAGAAGGUGUUUUGCAAGCCGUCAGGGGAAUGAGGCAGCGAGGAGGAAGACAACGUAACCUGGGUCAAGCCUUGCAGUUUGUCAGUCAGGAUGUUCUGAUAGCAACACGCGGUAGCAGGAAGGAAGAGGGUGUACCGCAGUUUGUAAUUGUCGUCUCCAGUGGGUCUUCAACAGAUGACAUCAGUAGUGCAGCAUCAUCCCUCAAACAAUCUAGAGUUCUUCCCUUCAGCAUCGGGACCAGGGAUGUUAACCCUACAGAGCUUCGGGUGGUGUCAUAUGUGCCUAACUUUGCCUUCACUAUUGAUGACCUUCCUGGCCUGUACACCGUCCAAGAAAAUUUAAUCACCACUCUCACUGAGCUGUCAGAUGAAGACAUCACCAGGAUGCGUCCAGUAUUCCCAACCAUUGAAGUAAUCACACCAGCACCCACAGGAGGAGAAAAGAGGGAUGUUGUAUUUCUAAUAGAUGGAUCCACAGCGGUGCGUAGUGAGUUCUCUUCCAUCCGUGAAAUGAUAAGAAGAGUUGUGGAGAAGCUGGAUGUGGGAUUGGAUAAGGUCCGAAUUUCUGUGGUACAGUACAGUGAUGACCCUAAGCUAGAAUUCCUUUUGAAUGAAUUCUCCACCAAAGAUGAAGUACGCCAGGCUGUAUUGAAAAUUCGAAGCCAAGGUGGGGACCGUCUAAACACAGGUCGUGCUCUUGAGUGGGUCUAUAGAAACAUCUACCAGAGGUCAGCGGGAAGCCGCAUUGAGGAGGGUGUGCCCCAGUUCCUUAUUCUAGUUACAGGUGGCAAGUCUACAGAUGAUGUAUCCACUGCAGCUGAACAACUUAAGAGAAACCAGGUUGCACCUCUUGCCAUUGGUUCAAGGAAUGCAGACACUGCUGAACUGAGACAGAUUUCCCUGAGGCCUGAACUGGUAUAUACAGUUGACAGUUUCCAGCAGCUUCCAAGAGUGGAGUCACAGCUCAUUGAUUCAGUCAGAACAAUAUCCACCAGCACUUAUGUUCUUCCCUCAGGGGACUUAGAUCUUGGGAGAAAGGACAUUAUUUUCCUGAUUGAUGGCUCAGACAACACAGGUGCUGCUGGCGUUGCACAUAUCCGUGACUUCAUCCUCAACAUUGUCCAACAACUCAAAGUGCAGCCUGAUCAAGUGCGCGUAGGGGUUGUCCAGUAUGCAGACAAAGUUAAAACAGAGUUCUCACUUAAAUCUCACAACAACAAGCCAGCUGUUGUCUCUGCUAUCAAAAGACUUCGUCAGAUGGGUGGCCGGUCUUCAGAUCUGGCUAAUGCCAUUGAGUAUGUAAUACAGAAUGAGUUAAAACCUGCUGCAGGGGUUCGUCAAGAGGCCUCCCAGCAUCUUGUGGUUCUCACAGGUGGACGUUCCCCCCAGGAUGUUUCCAUCUAUGGACCUCUGCUUAAGGGCAAACGUAUCAACUGCAUUGGUGUUGGAGCUGCUAAUGCCGACAAAAAGCAGCUAACCCAAAUAGCCACCACCUCGGCUGAUGUCCUCCAGGUUCCCGAAUUCAAUGGCCUGCCAGCAAUCCAGCAGGGGGUUAUUGACAGGUUGAGUGGGACCAUUCCAGAGGAACCACCCACAGACUAUGAGAAUCCUACAUCCAGCCUGCCUCUGCCCAAAAAGGCUGAUAUAGUGUUUUUGGUAGAUGGCUCCAUUAACUUAGGCAGGGACCACUUCAAAGAAGUGAUGCAGUUUAUCAACAACCUAAUUGAUCUGUUCUUCAACGAGAGAGACAACCUGCGGAUCGGCCUGGCACAUUAUGCCACAGAUGUGACUGAUGUCUUCUAUCUCAACACAUACCAGAACCGAGAGGACAUUUUAAGUGCCGUUGGCCGAGCAGAGUACAAAGGUGGACGUAGACUCAACACUGGUGCAGCUAUUCGCCAUGCUCAAGAUGUUCACUUUACCAAAGAAAAAGGCAGCAGGGUGGAUGAGGGCACUCCUCAGAUCCUAAUGGUUAUCACUGGAGGACGCUCUGCUGAUGAUGGCAAAACAGCAGUACUUGGUCUGAAGAAAAGAGGUGUGAGAGUCUUUGCCGUAGGCGUGGGCAACAUUGAGGAUGAGUUAGAAGACUUAGCAAGUGAGUCUUCCACUGUGGCUAGAGCAAGCACCUUUCCGGAACUUUCAGAGCUCAAUGAGCAAAUACUGGAGACUUUGGAUGAUGAAGUUAAAGGGAAUCUGUGUGUUGGCAUGCAGGAAACUUCUAAACCCUGCAGCAUAGAGGUGUUGGUGGGCUUUGAUGUUUCUGCUCAGAACAUCUUCACUGCUCAGACAAACCUCCAGAUGAAGGUUCAAGGCAUUCUGGAAAGGAUUUCCAAAAUGGGAGCUAUCAGUUGCUCAUCUGGGCAGAUUCCCUCUGUACAAGUGGGCAUGCUGGCCCUAGACUCAGCCUCUGAGCCUGUCCAGCUGGACUUCACAGACAAGUCUCAACAGCUAUUUGGGUCCUUCAGUAGCCUGAGAAGUCGUGGCCCCUAUGUCCUCAAUGGCAAGACCAUCUCAGCUUACACAAAUAGGUUCAACACAAGACAGGACGACGUUGUCAAGGUUGUCGUUCAUCUUACUGAUGGUAUUGACGCCCCAUUAGAUGAAUUGAAAAAGGGAGUUGAGGAGCUUCGUUUGUCAGGAGUGAACAGUUUCAUCCUGGUCGGACUAGAGCGAGUGCCCAACUUUGAGGAAGCUUUGCUGCUGGAAUUUGGUCGGGGAUUCAGGUACACCAGACCUUUACGACUCAAUAUCAUGGACUUGGACUAUGAGCUAAUGGAAGAACUGGACAAUAUUGCAGAGAGGGAGUGCUGUGCAGUACCAUGCAAAUGCACUGGCACCAGAGGAGACCGAGGAGCAGUUGGACUCUCAGGGUCUAAGGGUGCUGCAGGAUCACCAGGAAGCCAAGGACAUCCUGGAGAUGAGGGUGGACCUGGAGAGAGAGGUCCUCCUGGUGUGAAUGGAACUCAGGGUUUCCAGGGAUGUCCAGGACAAAGAGGUGUCAAGGGUUCUCGUGGGUACUCAGGAGAAAAGGGAGAAUUUGGAGAAAUUGGGCUUGAUGGCAUUAAUGGAGAAGACGGCAAAAGUGGAGUGGCCGGACCCUCGGGAGUGGGCGGAAACCCUGGCAGAAGAGGUCCCAAAGGUACCAAAGGACAAGCAGGAGACGGAGGAGAAAUAGGAAUCAGAGGAGACCCUGGUUUAAGUGGACAAGAUAACAACCGCGAAGGACCUAAAGGUGACCCUGGUGAUGCUGGACCAGCGGGAGAGCCUGGUGAGGAUGGACAGAAGGGAGGCCCCGGUGACCUCGGAAGAGACGGAGCUAAUGGCAGAAGAGGCCAGCCUGGACAGGCUGGUAAUCACGGAAGGCCAGGAGUUGAUGGUGUUCAGGGAGAACCUGGUAUAGGAGGAUCAAGAGGUCCACCUGGACCAAAUGGUACACCAGGACCCAGAGGAGAAGAUGGAAACCCUGGACCCAGAGGUCCCGGAGGAAAUCCAGGUCCCACUGGAGACAAGGGUAGAAGAGGAGCUCUUGGUCGCAAGGGUGAACCAGGAGAUCCUGGAACUAAGGGUGAUAUUGGACCUCAAGGUCCCCGUGGAGAGUCUGGUGAAGAUGGUAGAGAUGGGUUUGGUGUCGCAGGGCCUAAAGGAAGAAAGGGUGAUGAGGGCUUCCCAGGAUUCCCAGGACGAAAGGGAUCUGCUGGUGACCCUGGCUCCGAAGGCGGACCUGGGCGCAUAGGGAAUCCUGGACAGAGGGGUGUCUCUGGGAAUGUUGGCACACCCGGACAGAAGGGAGAGGUUGGAUAUCCUGGGCCAUAUGGUCAAAAAGGACCUCGAGGACCAGGCGUUGUGCAAUGUGACCUGGUUAAGAAGAUCAGAGAUAACUGUCCUUGCUGUUAUGGUAAGCUGGAAUGCCCACUCUACCCCACUGAGCUGGCCUUUGCCCUUGAUGCCUCUGAAAGUGUUGGCCGCCCGGCCUUCAACAAUAUGCGUGACACAGUCCUGCGACUGGUCAAAGACAUCACCAUCUCCGAGAGUAACUGUCCAAGAGGAGCCCGUGUCGCUUUAACCCUGUACAACAACGAAGUGACCACUGAGGUCCGGUUUGCUGAUGCAAUGAAGAAACGUGCCUUGGUGCAGCGCAUCGAGGGACUUCAGACCCUGCAAACCCGCAAGCAGCGCAGCUUGGAGACGGCCAUGAGCUUUGUGGCCCAGAACACCUUUAAGAGAGUGCGCAGCGGCUUCCUAAUGAGGAAGGUGGCCAUCUUCCUUGUCGGCGGAACAGUCAGUCAGGCACAGACAGUUACCAACGCAGCCAUUCGCCUCCAUGAUGCUGGAAUUGCCACACUGUUCUUGGUCCCUCGUGAGGACAGAGCUCUCAGCAAAGCACUGCAGGUUAACAACACAGCACUGGCCCAAGUGAUUGUCCUUCCCAACGCUGGAAGUGCACAGUACACUUCAGUCAUCCAGAAGGUGAUGAACUGCCAUGUCUGCUUAGAUAUCUGCUCUCCAGACCAAAUGUGUGACUAUGUGCCCCCAUCGAGCGGCCGAGAUAGGAGGUCUUCCACCACAGACGUGGACAUCGACAUGGCUUUCAUCAUAGACAGCUCUGAGUCUACCUACCCAACUGUCUUUACUGAGAUUAAGCGUUACAUUGCGCACAUAGUGGAGCAGCUACAAGUGUCUUCAAAUCCCACAUCAUCUGUUAACCACGCAAGGGUGUCCGUGAUCCAGCAAGCACCUUAUGAGUUCACCAACAACAAAACUGGGUCCCCAAUCCACGUGGAUAUUGGUUUGACCGAGCACCAUUCAGCUCAGGAAGUUGUCAAAUUUCUGCUGGAGAAGACACCGCAGUUAGAGGGUGGCCGGGCACUGGCAGCGGCUAUUGAAUCGACAGUGGAGCAGGUGUUUGAGAAGGCGCCUCUCCACCGUAAUAGGAAAGUGCUGUUGCUCUUUGUGACAGGGAGUGUAGAGGAAGAAGAGGAGAAGCUGGUGCGUAUUGCCACUGAGGUCAAGUGCCGAGGCUACUUCCUGGUCAUCCUGGGUGUGGGUGAGAAGCUGAAUGCCGGAGAUGCCCGUGUCUUGUCACGCAUGGCCAGUGAGCCGUCAGAUGUCUUCUUCAAGCGUCUUGACAGCAUCUCGCAAUUUUACGACAAACACAUCCAGACCUUCGGCCAGCUUUUGCCGAAGUAUAUCAGCAUUGAAAACGCUUUUCACAUGUCCCCUGAAGUCUCCAAAAACUGCAAGUGGUCCCAGAAUGACCAGCCACUUAAAAACUCCUUUACAUCAUCACAAGAAGAGGAGAAACAUCAGAAACAUCAUGAAAACCACCAAGCAGUUAAUCAAAGAAAGCACAAAGAUGCAGAUGAGCUGCACGUCUCUAACGUCACCUCCAGCAGCUUGAAAUUGCGUUGGACCAGCCCAGACCCCAAGCUCUUCGUCUACUUUGAGGUAGUGGUGACACGGUUGCACGACCAUGCCCUGGUGCUGAGGACCAACGUGUCGGGGACAGAGCUUUCCGUGGACAACUUAGAGAGUGCCCAAACAUACCAUGCUGUGGUCACUGCUCACACUGCUGAUGGUCAAACUGUUUCCACCCUCAAAGGCAUCAUGACUACCAAAGCAGCAGAUCACAAGCCAGAGCAUAAGCCUGCAGGCCAAGGCCCCAGUACUGUAAAUACCACACCACUGGACAGACCAGAAACUGUCAGUGAAUUUGCAGAGCCAUGCUCACUUGACUAUGACCCUGGAAUGGCGUGCAAAGGCUAUCAGGCUAAGUGGUUCUUUGACAGAAAGAACGGGAUCUGUACCCAGUUCUGGUAUGGAGGUUGUGGAGGCAAUGGCAAUAGGUUCGACAGCGAGGCCCUCUGCUUGCAAAACUGCAUGAGGUCAGUUCCAGAACCUCAGCCAAAAGUGCAGCAGGUUGAACAGAUGGAAAUCCUCCCAACUCCUGCAAACUCUGCAACUGUGGACAUUUGCCAGCUUCCCAAAGAGGAAGGUACUUGCGCCAAGUUUGUCCUCAAGUGGCACUUCGAUACCCCCAGCAAGAGCUGCACGCGCUUCUGGUAUGGAGGCUGCGGUGGGAACCAGAAUCGCUUUGACACGCAUCAGCAGUGUGUUGAGGCUUGUGGAAAACCAGCACCACUCAACCAAGGAGUCAUCGCUGCAAUAAGAACAUAGGACAACACAUGGCCAGCUUCCCCCUCUGUUUAGGGGAUCUGAAGAGAAUCAUACAAAAUGGCCAUACUGUAAGGAUAAUGCCAAAGCAAUGAUGGCUGCACUGGAUUCCACAAAAAAUGGACUUUAUCCCCGAAAUUCUUGAAGCAGUCUUUUUUUACAACAAGAAGAAAAGCAACACGAUAUGCUGCAUGAUUAGUUUUAACCUACUGGUGCUACAUAGUAUGUUUUUUUUCCAAAGGAGUUGUUCAGUGCAUUAAGCUUUGUAACGUCACAUUUUCUGGAACAAUGUCAUCAUAUGAGUCUUCAUAUUUAAAAAAAAAAAAAGCAGUUUCAUAACCAAGCAAGAAACAUAUUCAGUAUGAAUAUCUUGCACAGAGAUUAGCAAUACAUCAGCACAUGCAGGACUGGCAUUAUUCAAUGCAGUCAUCUUUCUUUAUAUAUUGUGCAUUUUACAUUCCACAUUCACAUAGCAACAUUGACAUUUAUUGAUUUAUAUUAUUUUUACACACUUGAUCCCUGUGGAAUCAUUACUUCACUAUUUUACAAUCACAGAAUCCACAGCAAUGUUUACACAAGUCUUGUAUGGUGGUUUAUGUUUUAAAAUGACAGUGACCAAACAUUAAUGUAAUGUUAAGUGCACUUCUGGAUCCAUUGCCUCAAACAAAGUUCCAGCUGUUGAGAAAUGAAAUGUACUUGUCAGGCUUUUUACAUUUUUUUGUUUUAUUUGGUUUUACUGAAAUGUGUGUUUCAUCUGGGUAAAUAAACACGAAUUAGACUUUCUAAUA